AUGCAAGUUUACGCCUGGAAUCGACUACUGGCAAUCGCCACCUUACUCGCGUUGCUUUCAGUGAGAGCCGAUGCCUUUGCGCCACUUCCACCCAGCACCGCGACGUCAUCGGGUUACUCGUCGUCGUUACAGGCCUACGUUUCUUAUAGCAAAGUGAAACGCAUUGGCUACGAGCUUGAGGUGAAUAAACCGCUUGGUAUCAUUUUUGGUGAAAACGAUGCGCCCUUCAAUGGAUUGGCUGUUGUGGAAGUGGACCCUGAUCAAAACGGCGCCGAGGCUGGAAUUCGCGUUGGCGACCAAUUGUUGGCUGUCAACAAAAAAAGCACUGUGGGCGAAGGUUUUGAUACCGCCAUGGGCAUGCUGCGGGAUGGUUCCGAUCCACUGGAACUACAACUCUAUCGCGGCACCGUUCGACAACUUUUCACAAUUCUGAAAAAUGUUGUUGGCGAUGACGAAGACCUGAUGGAAGAGGACGACGAAGAAGAAGAUGAUGAUGAGGACAAUGAAGUCGUCGUCAUGGACGAAAACUACGAAUCUCCUGUCAAAGUUCCUGUUGACACGGAAGACGAAAAGCCCAUUAGUGCGGGUGAUGUGUUGAAUGUCUUCAAAAAGCUGACAGAGAAAAAGGAGUCAACGGAGAGUACCGACGGUGAGAAGAAGAAAAAGGGUGGACUAUUUGGUAGCAUGUUCUCGCAAGACACCAUUCAACUGGAAGGAGAAGAUGCAGGAAGUACCAAAUAA